ACAAAACUUGGUUCUCAGGCAGAUCGCUAAAAGGACAGCGCACGACUAUGCGUCGAUUUCUUUAUUGUGUGCUUCGGCAUGCCUACCACUGCCACCUUUAGAAAGCACUCAGGCUGGCGGUGUGGUGUUGCAUCGCGCCGACUCGGAAGACUGAUGUGUUCAUUUAAAAUAGUGAGUGAUUUUGUGUAGAUACGUGAAAAUGGAAGUGUCAAAAGCAUUCCAGGCAGAUAUUAGGCAUAUCCAGAAUCAGCUCAAGAUUGCUAUCCUGAAUCAUCAGGUGAUGGUGAAGAAGAAAAAUGAAGAUCCAACCAAUAUCCAUAUCCAGGUGCAACUCCGUGAUGCUCAGAGGCACAUCAUAUCUCUCGGUGAAAUACAGAAACAACUAAUUCAGCGACUAAGGAAAGAGUUAGAAGCAAAUUCAACAAACAGCACAUUGAACAACAAAAGCACUGUUAAAUGUGCUGAGAAAGAUAAUGAUAUUGAAAUCAUACAAACUAAUAACAGCAGUAGUUCCAGCGCUGGUGGGAUUGUUAGCACAGUAAACACAAAAAGCAGUAUUACCACAGUCUCCAAAGAUGCAAAUAAAACACAAAAUGGAAUUAUUUACAUUAGUGCAGUAGAUGGUUCAGGAAAUGGUUCUUCAGAUGAAGUAAGAUUAUCAGCAGCUUCCUCACCUUCUUCUUCCCCUUCUUCAAGUUCCUCAGAUGAUGAAAGAGAAAUACAAGAGUCUUUGGCUGCAGAAAUUUCUCAAGAGAAAAUAGCAUUUCUACAGGCUGUCGGACUCAUAACUCGUGAAAUUCUCUCAGACCUACAGAACCGCAGAGUCGAAAGAAAGCGUCGUAGCACUGCAAAUCAUACCCAGUUCGUAUAUGGAAGUCACUGGGAUGUUUCGAAACGGAAGAAGAAUGGUUAUCUCUUAUCCACAUCGCCACAAAUAAAAACAAAAAGGAAGCCUCAAGUACAUCAAAAGCAGCAACACCAAAAAGAUAAACAUCAAGUAUUGUUUGCUGAAAAUGAUAGAAUUGUUAUGCCUGUAACCUCUGCACUAGAAAAGAUGACACCAGUUUCUUCUUCAGUAUCGCAAUCUUCCGUAACUCGGCACACAGCUUCAGACAAGACUAAUGCAUCAGUGUAUCAGAUCACUCCUAAAGAAAUCUCAAGAUCGCUGCUACGUACUUCUGGGACAAACUUGCCAAAAACUUCGUUACGUCUCGCAAGUCUUCCAGCAUCUCUGACUAUAGAAAGAGUGAAUAGUCCACCCCAUGUUUGCAUCAUCUGUGGAUCUACUGGAAUGCUCUCUUCGUGUAAGAACUGCAGUGCAUACUUCCAUCCUUCCUGUUCAAAAGAAGCUUCAUGUUGUCCAAAGUGCAACACAGAUCAAGGCAGCAGCUACAUAGAAGCCAAGAAAGGAUCGAAUGAGCCACCAAACGGACUUAUUAUACAGCAAACGACAGUUCCACUGCAGGCUAGUUUCUCAGGCCCAAGCAUCGCAAAAAAAAGUAAUCCUCCAGUCAGAAGAAGUUAUUCGAAACAAGAUACAAGUGAUCAAUAAUUUUAUAAGUGUAAUAAAGACAACUCGAUCAGUUGCAGCAAAAGACAAAAGUUAAUGAAGUGCAUCCACAGUUAUAACUUUUACAAUGUGCAAGGAUUUUCUGUGAUGACGCUGUAAUUUGUGUGAACAGUGAUGCAGUAAUCCAGUUUUUAUACUGGAUUUUCUCAGGAAAUGUGGAACAGAUUUCUCACUAUGUGAGAAGCAAGCAGAAAUAAUUGCACCAGUCGAUUCUUUUAGCAGAUUAAAAGAAUUAAUGGGACCACUUUUAAUUUUCGACACAUUUGUUGUGUUAACUUGCUUCUGUUUGUUUCUCUUAGUGUAUUAUUUGUAGUGUUAUUGUUAGUUACUUUUGCAUUUUUUCCUUUGGCCCUAAAAGACAUGAAUGGUUUAUAUAGCUUAAUGUUAUUUAUUAACUUUUUUGCUCAUUUGUUUAAAGUAAAAUAAAGAAAGUGACAGCUAUUGGGAAUGGAAAUACUCAAAGAUAACAAAAAUAAAUUUCCACAUAUUUCUUUUUUUGCAAUGGAAAUUAUUUUAUAAGCAAGACUGUAAAAGAUUCCUUUUUAUAAUAAACCUGCUUAGGUUACUUACAUACAUCUGAAUUAUGUGAUGACUAACAAAAUCUGCGAAAAUAAUAUGAGCAAUAAAUGUAUGUUUUGUAUAUAUCUGUAAUUCAGUGAAUCUGUAAAGGUUAUUUAUUGAGAAAUGUGAUAUUAACCUCAUUAAAUUACAGUGGGGGAAUGCACCAAUAUAAUGCUGCCUGCAUCAAACUGAAAAUCUGUAUUUUAAUUGCUGCUGUUAUUGUUAUGCUUACAGCCAGCUGAAUAAAGCAUAUUUAUCACUAGAAAA